AUGUUGAUUUUCCCGGACUUCAUCAAUCGCUUUGGCCAACAACAACCAGAUGGAAGUAUUGCUUGGGACAGCACGAUCCAGUCCCUGGUCGUUUCCACCAUGUCUCUCGGAACCCUUGUCGGAGCUCUUGCAGGCUCAUACACUGCUGAUUGGUGGGGUCGUCGAAAGAGUCUGAGUUUUGGCGUGGCCAUCUUCGUCAUUGGUAACAUCAUCCAAAUCACCGCCAUGUACUCGUGGGUUCAUCUCAUGAUAGGCCGUAUUGUGGCCGGUCUCGGUGUGGGCAUAUUGUCAGUGGGCGUGCCCAUGUUCCAAUCAGAAUGCUGCCCACGCGAGAUUCGUGGUGCAGUCGUCGCUUCUUACCAGCUCAUGAUCACCAUCGGCAUUCUAGUCAGCAACGGCAUCAACUAUGGCGUACGCGACAGUCCAGGUGACGACACGGACGCUUCCUGGCGGAUCGUCAUUGGCAUGGGUAUCGCUUUCUCUUUGCCCUUGGGAGCUGGCAUUCUUGUCGUACCAGAAUCACCCAGAUGGCUUGCUGGACGCGGCCGUUGGGAGGACGCACGGAUGGCUCUUGCUCGACUACGCGGCCGGAAAGCGGACCCCAAUCAUGAGCUUGUCAACGACGAUUUCAACGAGAUGAAAGCAACCAUCGAGGAACAAAAUAAAGCUGGUCGAGGCACUUGGAAGGAAUGCUUCACUGGUCAGCCCUCCGGCAUACCGCGACUCGUGUACCGUACACUCCUCGGCUGCGCCCUGCAAUUCUUUCAGCAAUGGACUGGCGUCAACUACUUCUUCUACGUUAUCUUCAAUGCUGCUGGUAUCGAGGACCCAAUCCAGACGCAACUAAUCCUUGGUGCAGUCAAUGUGGCCAUGACUAUCCCUGGCCUCUACUUGAUCGAGCGACUCGGUCGGCGACUUCCACUCAUCGUUGGUGGUCUUUGGCAAGCGGUAUGGCUUCUUGUAUUUGCCGUUAUCGGGAUUGUACGGCCUCCGGGUGAGAAUCCAUCUUCUGGAGUGGUCAUGAUUGUCAGCGCAUGCAUGUUCAUCGCUUCGUUUGCCUGCACGCGUCUCUUGCAACUGCUUUCAACUGGCUUGGUAGGUCGUUUCUACCAGCUCAUCAGAAAAGCACUAACUUUCCAAGGCAACUUCCUCCUCGCUUUCCUCACUCCCUACGCUAAUGAAGGCAUCGGCUAUUCGUUUGGCUUUGUGUUCUUCGCAUGCAACUUCAUCGCAGCUGGUAUUGUCUACUUCUUCGUCUUCGAAUCUAGAGCGUUGUCUCUAGAAUCCGUGGACAUGAUGUACUCUGACGGUAGCAUCAAACCGAGGGCUAGCAAGAAAUGGGUGCCGCCGGGCUAUAUCAAUCGCCUGGAACGAGAUGAGACAUAUUGGCAUCGUCCCAGUCAAAUGGAGAACACGCAACCCUCCAACUUGCCUGCAAACUCGAUGGAUGAGAAGCACUAUGACAAAGAUGACACUUCACCAGAACGCGGCAUGUCUGUGCAUCGUGAGCACGCUGCUAGCGAUGUGAGGAUGUAG